UGAAAUUUUAGAUAAAAUAUUAAAAAAAUAAUAAUUUUUCAUUUUUUAAUUUAGGGACACGUGAGAGACAGAGAAGCAGAAUUUUAACUACCACGAACCCGAUUCUACGGUCGUGUCCGUCCGCCUGGUUCAGCUGCAGGUGAACCACGAACCCAUUUCACGGCUCUCCAGCAAUGCAACCGGAAGUUUCGGUUUCCACUUGCCAAAACCGGUCUAGCUAAUGACACUUUGACCAAUUACCCUGUUAAACCCGAACUAAAAAUGAUAAACACAACCGGUUAUCGUCGCUGCCCUAACCGGUCCGUUCGGUUAUACAUCCACGGCUUUAUAAAACCGCUUAGCUCAACCAUCCUAGCUCGGUUAUGCAAAUAUUUUCCCGAAUAAAACCCCCCAUUUUCUCUUCAAUAGCACUCGAUGAAGCAUGAACAAGUAAGCUCCUUCACUAUCUUAUUCUUUUCUUUUACGUUUUCCUUUGAAGGAAAAUGAAAAUAUAUUCACUCUUUUGGUGUUAAAGGCAUCAAUUGAAUAGCUUGCUUUUAGUUUUGAAUUGGGUAGGAUUUUUCUUUCAUUUUUUUUUUUUUUUGGUAGUAAAUUUUGGGUCAUUUUCAUGUUAGUUGAUUGGUUAAGGUUGUUAAGAUGGCUUCGGGUUUGGAACCUGUUCCAAUAACUUCCCAAAAACAUGACCCAGCAUGGAAACAUUGUCAAAUGUUCAAGAUUGGAGAUAGAGUGCAGCUCAGAUGUAUAUACUGUAGCAAAUUGUUUAAGGGUGGUGGGAUUCAUAGGAUUAAAGAACACCUUGCUGGUCAAAAAGGAAAUGCAUCGACUUGUCUACGUGUGCCGCCCGAUGUUCGGGCUCUAAUGCAACAGAGUCUGGAUGGGGUUGUAGUGAAGAAGAGGAAUAGGCAAAAGCUUGAUGAAGAGAUUACCAAUAUUAACCCCCGGCCUCAUAGUGAGCUAGAAUCACUUUCUCAUCAUGGUGAUGAUGUUAACACUGGGCUUCAAUUUGGAAGUCCUGAUGCUCUUGAACACAAUUCGGGUUUGUUGGUGAUUCGAGAAGAAGGGACGACGAGUAGUAGGAGUACGGAAAGAAGGAAAAGAGGGAGAGGUAAAGCUUCUUCGGCACAUGAUGCUGCUGGUUUGAUUAAUAGUGCUGUCUUAGGUUCCAAAAAAGUAAGCAGUAAUAUUCACAUGGCAAUUGGGCGGUUUUUGUAUGAUAUUGGUGCUCCUCUAGAUGCAGUGAACUCGGCCUAUUUUCAACCAAUGGUUGAUGCAAUUGCUUCAGGAGGUUUGGGGGUUGUCUUGCCCUCAUAUCAUGAUCUUCGUGGUUGGAUAUUGAAGAAUUCAGUGGAAGAAGUUAGGAGUGAUAUUGAUAAAUACAGGGCAUUUUGGGAAAGGACUGGUUGUUCUAUUUUGGUUGACCAGUGGAGCAUGGAAAUAAGUAGAGUUUUCCUAAGUUUGUUGGUGCAUUGUCCUAAGGGAACUGUGUUUUUGAAAUCUGUGGAUGAUCCUAAUAUUAUUAAUUCAUCAGAUGAUCUUUAUGAGUUGCUUAAGACCACAGUGGAAGAAGUUGGUGUAACGAAUGUGCUGCAAGUGAUUACUAGCAAUGACGAGCAAUAUAUUGUUGCAGGCAGAAGGUUGACUGAAACUUUCCCCAAUCUAUAUUGGUCUCCAUGUGCAGCUCGUUGCAUAGAUUUGAUACUUGAGGAUUUUGGAAACAUAGGCUGGAUAAAUGUAACAAUAGAACAGGCUCGAUCUAUUACAAGAUUUGUCUACAAUCACAGUAUUGUUUUGAAUAUGGUCAGAAGAUAUACUUUUGGCAAUGAUAUUGUGGAACCAGGAGUCACUCGUUUUGCUACUAACUUUUCAACUUUAAAACGACUGGUUGAUCUUAAACACAACUUGCAGGCCAUGGUUACCUCACAGGAGUGGUUGGACUGCUCAUAUUCAAAGAAAUCAGGGGGUCUGGAAAUGUUAGAUUCAAUUAGCAGUCAGUCAUUUUGGUCCUCAUGCCUCCAGAUUGUCCAUCUAACAAAUCCACUCUUACGAGUUUUGAGGAUAGUUGUCAGUGAGAACAGGCCUGCAAUGGGGUAUGUUUAUGCAGGAAUCUAUCGAGCAAAAGAAUCAAUUAAGAAAGAACUUGUUAAGAGGGAGGAUUACAUGCUUUAUUGGAAUAUUAUAGAUCAUAGAUGGGAACGACAGUGGAACCUUCCUCUUCAUGCUGCUGGCUUCUAUCUUAACCCUAAAUUUUUUUACAGUGUUGAAGGAGAUCUGCACAAUGAUAUCCUCUCAGGGAUGUUUGACUGCAUAGAGAGAUUGGUUCCUGAUACAAAAGUCCAAGAUAAAAUAAUCAAAGAGAUGAACUCAUACAAGACUGCUGCUGGUGAUUUUGGGAGAAAGAUGGCAAUGAGGACUAGAGAUACUUUGCUACCUGCUGAAUGGUGGUCAACAUAUGGAGGAGGUUGCCCAAAUUUGGCACGUUUGGCUAUCCGUAUUCUCAGUCAAACUUGCAGCUCCAUUAGAUGUAAGCACAAUCGGGUUCCUUUUGAGAAAAUGUAUGAGACAGGGAAUUGCCUAGAGCAUCAGCGUCUCAGUGACCUUGUCUUUGUUCAGUACAACUUGCAACUAAGGCAGAUGGUUGAUAGGAGCAAUGGACAAGAUUCUAUAGACCCCAUUUCAUUUGAUUGUGUUGGUGUUGUUGAAGACUGGGUCAGAAUGAAGGACAUGUGCUUGGACGACCACGGGGAUACAGAUUGGACAGCACUUGAUCCACCCUCUGCCAACACAAUGCUUUUAGGUCCCCCAAAUGAUGAUGCUGAUGACUUGGGGUUUGAUGAUUAUGAGGUUUUUAGCAGGUUGAAAGAGAGUGAAGAGGAAAAUGGUGAAGAUAAUGUAAUUAUCCAGUAGGUCAGCAUCUAAGAGAUAUUGGAGGAAAAUGUUGUAAGAUAUCUGUGCCUGUGCUCUCAUCUAGUUUCCCAAAGCCUUAAAGUAUAGGCAGGUAGUGUUUGGCAUUGUAGCUGAUAACUAGAAUCAAAUAGUGUUGUAAUUAAAAGGCUCUUGUAUAUGCUAUCCUCUUGUAGCUCAGAGGCUUCAUACUCAUUCAAGUUGUUUAAAUCAAAUAUGGUGUAAUUUUAUUUAUGCAUUGAAGGUGGGUCAAUUUGCAGGGUAUGAUGAUUGUAGGAUUUUUCACACAUAAACAAGUUUUAAGAAAUUAUGUUUUUUAAA